GCGGCGGGGUCGGCUGACGGUAACGGGGCACAGAGGCUUUUAGCAGAGCUGCUGAAGAUGAAUGCCAGAGGACUUGGAUCUGAGCUAAAGGACAGUAUUCCAGUUACAGAACUUUCAGCAAGUGGACCUUUUGAAAGUCAUGAUCUUCUUCGGAAGGGUUUUUCUUGUGUGAAAAAUGAACUUUUGCCUAGUCAUCCUCUUGAAUUAUCAGAAAAAAAUUUCCAGAUCAACCAAGAUAAAAUGAAUUUUUCCACUCUGAGAAACAUUCAGGGUCUGUUUGCUCCACUAAAAUUACAGAUGGAAUUCAAGGCAGUGCAGCAGGUUCAGCGUCUUCCAUUUCUUCCAAGCUCAAAUCUUUCACUGGAUAUUUUGAGGGGUAAUGAUGAGACUAUUGGAUUUGAGGAUAUUCUCAAUGAUCCAUCACAAAGCGAAGUCAUGGGAGAGCCACACUUGAUGGUGGAAUAUAAACUCGGUUUAUUGUAGUAGUGUGCUGUUCAUGGAAGCUGACGGCUGCAUCUUGUUUAGAGUCAUCUCUUUAUUGUAAUUUGAUGUACAUGACAUUAAAAGUACUGACAUCUGCGAA